CUUGUUCAAAGGAGCUUUCUCCAAUAAGCAGCCAAAAGAGCCCGGAAGGCCGGUUCUGUAAGCGGAGCUGCAUCUGCUCACCAAUCAGCAGCUGAAAACUCAAAAAGCGUCUCCGCCUCCCAGCUGCUCCCCCAUUUUAAAAGCAGCGAGGCUCCGAACUGCUGCAUAUUUUCUCUCUGAGUAAAGAGAAAGUUUAAAGCAUGGCAAGAACCAAGCAGACCGCGAGGAAAUCCACCGGAGGCAAAGCCCCCAGGAAGCAGCUGGCCACCAAGGCCGCCCGCAAGAGCGCUCCGGCCACCGGCGGCGUCAAGAAGCCCCACCGUUACAGGCCCGGUACCGUGGCUCUCCGGGAGAUCCGCCGCUACCAGAAAUCCACCGAACUGCUCAUCCGCAAGUUGCCGUUCCAGCGGCUGGUCCGUGAGAUCGCCCAGGACUUUAAGACCGACCUGCGUUUCCAGAGCUCGGCCGUCAUGGCCCUGCAGGAGGCCAGCGAGGCCUACCUGGUGGGGCUCUUCGAGGACACCAACCUGUGCGCCAUCCACGCUAAGAGGGUCACCAUCAUGCCCAAAGACAUCCAGCUGGCCCGCCGCAUCCGUGGAGAGAGAGCUUAGAGGCCGCAGCAGCUCAUGCAAACACAACGGCUCUUUUAAGAGCCAAAACACAUCUACGGUCAAAGGCCUCUUGUUCAGUUUUUCAUUAGGUGUACUCACCUAAAACCUAUUGAGUGAUCAUUCUUGUCGUUGUAUUAGCAUCUUAGAGGCCAUAACAUAUUAAGAAAACAACAUUUGCUAAAAAUGGUCUUUUCAGGCUCCUCAAUGUGAAAUUAUGUUCCUGGGGUUCGGUUCUGCUGCUUGGUACGGUACUUUUUCCCUCUUGCAGAUUUUUCCCUGCACAUUUAAACACUAUUUCAGAGUCAAAGCAAACUUACGUUUCAGGAUGUAAAGAGACUCCUAUGGGCAUGCUAAUGGUGGUACAUUUGGCUCUGCUCCCAAACCGUUCUUAUUCUGUAGCCUCAUAUUUUAGUUUAACUUGGCAAAUAUGAAUGUCAUGAAUAUUAAU